ACUGUCAAUUUUUUUAAGCGUCAUUGGUGUAAAAUAUUUGAUUUCCCAAAAUUUUUACUUCAAAUUUACUUCAAACUAAAAAUGAACAAGUUCAGCACGUAUGAGUUGUCGGAAUUGAUUGAAAUCUUCAGAACUCGACCAAUCCUGUGGAACAGAUUCAACAGAACCAGCCGGACAAUGCCGGAAAGGACGAGAAUCAUCGAAGCUGUGGCCAAGCAUUUUGGGAAAAUGCCUGGAGACAUAGAAAAAUGCUGGUCAGCAGUUCGAGAGAAGUACAAACGCGAGAGAGCGAGCUACGAAGCGGAUGUCCCAAGGAAAUAUCGCAAGGAGAAAUGGGAACUUAUGGAUAAACUGACAUUCCUCGAGGAAGUUUAUGGACCAGCUCCUCCAGAACCAAGUUCCAGGAAAUUUCAAGUUGGCACAAUUGUGGAAAUCCUACCAGCAUCUUCUGGGAACAACGUUACAGUUCGGAGGAUAGCCCCAAAGCCCGUUGCUGGAGUACCUGGUGAGCUAGUGGGCGUAGGGCAGCUGAAAUUGGCCAAUUUGGCAGAUUUGCAGGGAACAGCUUCCAAACCAGAGUCACCUAAACCUGUCAAAGCUCCAGAACAAGAAGAGACCAAAACUCCUGAGGAUUCUCAGACACCAAAAAGAGCCAGAUCUCAGAGUCCUGUCCUCCUCUCUCCCAAUCAUGUCUUCGAAUCAGACAAAUCUGACGCAGCCGAAUCCGUAAGAUCCGACUCACCGGCACCUUCAGUGGCCUCCUCAACGCUCUUCCCAAUCUCCAACAGCAAAUCAGACAACAUGGAAUUCAAAAUCAGUCGAAAAUCCCGACUUAUUAGGAAGAUGGAGGACGAAAGGAGGGAAUUACUAGGAGUAUUGAAGGUUCUGACCAAGGAAAAGACGCCAGCUGAAGUAUUUGGGGAGUAUUUGACCAAGAAACUGACAUCCUGGAGCACAGAUAAGCAAAAGAAGGCCAUCAAGAUGUUCAAUAAUGUGAUCUCGGAAUUAGAUGAUGAUGAGGAUUAAUUGAAACAUUCAAUUUACAAUAAAAUACUGCAUAAUUAAGAA